AUUUAUCCUUAAUAGAUUUUUCUUGACAGGUUAAGUUAACAUAUGAUAUUACUAAUAGUUGUAUUUCGGCCUCUUUUCUUUUAAUGUUAAACUAUUGAAUACAUUCUCAAUUUUCAUCAAACACAACUUAUUUUACUUGUUCGAUUUCCUUGGGAUAAAAUUGCAUAUAACCUAUUCCCUGUUUGCCCAAUUUGGCGUGUCAUUUUAUACUCUUUAAUUAAGUUUUUUAUUUUAUAUUUUUCAGGAAUAUCUUUGCUAGAUAGGGGUUACUUGUGAAGAGUGAAAGUUUGAUCAUUUUCAAGAAUCUUACAUUGUGUGGGUCUAGAAGUUGCUUACUACUAUACAGGUUCAAUGGCUAGUAAUCAAGAAAACCCACAAGAGAACCCACAAGAGAACCCACAAGAAAACCCACAAGAUAAGCCACGAGAAAACUCACAAGAUAUAGAUGCUCCGGAUACAUCAUCAAAAGAAGUUGCACGAGGUGUGUCCCUUAUGAAGGGAAUCAUUCGACAUAGAGACCAAGGAUUGAUAUAUAAUUUGGAAUGGAAUUCUGAUAACCAACCAAUUGGUCCUAAUUCUGCAAAGUUGACAAGCUAUAUUGGUACACUUGUUCGUUUGCAUAUUCCAGUCUCCGUAGCUAAAUGGAAUCUGAAAAGCAAAGAGUUGGACGAGAAAAAAGACAUGAUUUGGGACGAGCUUAAAGUAUCAUAUAUGGUUGUUGUUAUUAUCUUGACGAUAAUUUGAUUAAAUUACUUAUACUAACACACUCUAUGCGUAUGUUUGUUUGCAGAGGUCUUUUACCAUACCAGACGAGCGUAAACGCUUCAUUCUUAGUUUGGCCGGAAAAAGAUAUAGAGGGUGGAAAGCUUAUCUAACAAACAGCUAUCUUAAGGAUAAAGAAGGAAACUUUCUUGAAGAGGCCCCGGGACGUCCAAAAAAGUAUGAGAUGUUCAUUAAUGAUAAUGAUUGGGCUAAGUUUGUAGAGCAAAGAGAUGAAUCUUUUCGGAAAAGGAGUGCCACAAAUAGUGCGAGAGCAUCAAAAGCCGCGUAUCCAUACAAAAAAGGGCGUUUGGGAUAUGCACGCUUAAAGGAAAAAAUUUUAGAGGAGACGAAAAGUGAGGAAACCUCACUUCCAGUACAUGUGUUGUGGAAGGAAGCUCGUGUGGGCAAGAAUCAAGCUGUCGAUCCCGAUGUUCAAAGAGUUUAUGCUGAAUGUGAGACCUUGUCGCAAUCGGUAUCCACCGGUGAGGACCAGGAUGAUAGGAGCGUACUUAGUAGAGCACUAGAUGCUCCUGAGUAUCCCGGUCGGGUGAGGGGUAAAGGUCAUGGUGUGACUCCAACCUCUUUUUACAAGCAUCCUAGGAGAAGAUCAAAUCCUACCAAUGAAGAAGUGUUGCAAAAAUUGCAGGAAUUGCAAGCACAAGUCUCUGAAUUGCAAAGAGAUAAAGAUAUGUAUAUGAGAGAAAAGUGCAACACUUCAUCGGUGAAAGAAACUAGUGAUAAGGCUAGUAUCAACUGUCAAAGGAAAUUUCCCGAGGGCAUUUCAUCUUGCCAACUAUACUUAUCGUCACCGAAUUAUCGCCUAGUUGGCAAGGGAAAAGUGCACAACACUUUGGGAGAUUUACUUCACCAUAGACCGCUCCCGGAUGGACACCUGAAAGUAUCGGUGGAUGUUGUAUUAGAUCAUGAUGCGAUGCUACCGGUACCUGACAUGGUCUCAGAGACAACAUUGCUGCGAGAUGCAAUAGGAUCAUUUGUUGCAUGGCCCUCGGAGCUCAUUACCAUUAGUGAUGAGACUGCUCCUACAAAACCCGCAAUUAAGGGUAAAGGGAUUUUACAGGAGGAGGAGUCUGUUGCAUCACUAAAAGAGGCAUCUGCUCGGGGGUCACAACAAGUGACGCAGCCAGUUCGUAGCGUACCACCCACUGGUCCUCCGAAGCCAGCGGCAAAAAAAGGCGGUGCUUUUGUGCCUCGAUACCGGACGACGCUCGGAACAAUUGUUGAUAUGUCUGAUUUGAAGGAUGGUGCUUUACGUGAAAUCAAUAUGGAUGAAGGUGUCUUCGGUAUUGAAUUCAUGUCAAAUAUUGGAAUUGAUGACUUGGAAGAGAUUUUUACGCAUGAACAACUAGGCGUCGGUAAUAUGCACUCAUAUAUCCGGUUGUUGUAUGACAGAGUGUUGCGCGGGACUCCAUUGUCAAACAGAUUCCGUUUCGUGUCUUCCGCCCAUUGCAGCGGAAUGGCAAUUGCUUCGGAACCGGAAUCAGUUAGACAGCGCUUAGUCGAUAGAUUCAUGUCCACCGGCAAUACAGAAAGUCUGCAUCUUUGGGCGUAUAAUACCCGACCAGUAGGAGCACAUUGGUUGUUGCUUGCUAUCAACCCUAUAAGAGAAGUGGUGUAUUAUCUGAAUUCGGUAAAUGGUGACUGGACCAAUUAUCCGGCUAUGAAGGAAAUGAUUGAUUUAUCAAUACAAGUGUUCCGAAGUCAACGAGACGCACAGGUAUCCCGGACUAAAUCAAACAACAUUACUUGGAUCAAAGUGCAGUGUCCGCAACAGCGAAACAGUUCAGAUUGAAGAUACUAUGUUUUGAGGUUUAUGAAAGAAAUCCUUCAGGCGAAUCAAUUAGAGAUUCCGCUCACGUACUUGGACGAAUUCCGUGCUGCUUCGUACCCGAGACUUAAGUUGGAAGAAAUCAAAGAGGAUUUGUGUCAAUUUUAUAUUCAGCAACUUUUCAUGUAGGAUUUGUAUCGAUUUGAAGUAUAAUAUUGUUGAUGUUACUGAUUUAGUUUGUAAUGAUGUAUAUAUAUAAUUUUGGA